AUGGCGGACACAUCUAUUUCCCCUUCGUCUAUUGAUGACAUUGAGAAGGGGGCAUUAGCAGGAGAACGAAAUCAUGAGGAAAGACGUACUACGAAGUUUACGCGGUGUCGAACGGGGUGUUUGCGGUGUAGGACUAGGAGGCGGAAGUGUGACAUUUCUACCGAAGAAUACCUUCACUGUUGCGGAGGGGGAGCUUUGUACGAGUACGAAUGUGAAGGUUGUGCGGAGAGAAGAGCGGCAGAGGAAGGGGAGUUUGUCAACGAGGAUCCUACGGUGGGUGGGGAUGAUGUUGUAGAUGAGGAUAGUAUAAGCGAUGGUGCGAGGGCCUCGGGAGAUGAGACUGUCUUGGCUCCAUCUAGAAUCGGUUCUGAGGUUGAUAUUGGUGAUGAUGGCCUGCAUGGCUCUUCUGCCAUGCACUCUUCGUUGGUUGGCAAUAAGGCAUUCAGCGAUAGGGACAAAUCUGCUGUUCACGGGCUUCUUGCUUUGGGAACAAGUGAUGGUGUCAAUACUCAUAGGGCUGCCCCGGACAAAGGGUAUGAGAAGAGUGGGUCUGAAUUUGUCUCUUCUGAGUUGGUGGCUAGCACGCCUGCCGUGAUGAAGCAUGCACCUAGCUUUGUUGGGUCUUCUGAGAGGUUGCCUUCAAGCCUAAGUGCCAAUCCCAUAACAGACACGGCAAAGCUGAAGCUGAUAUGUCACUAUCGGUACCAUGUAGCACCAUGGUGGAGUUGCAGACUGACAAAUUACUUGCAGCUCGAUAUUUGCGAUCUCACUCAUCCAUUCGGAAUCGCUGCUGUUCAGAUGGCACUCGGCUCGGAGCCGCUCAUGACAGCUCUGCUGGGACUUUCCGAUGCUUGCGUUAUCCAUAAGAAUAUGGGGAAUCAGCAAACGUCAUAUCUUAGCAAUGUAGAUCAGUGGACUCGUCCGCUGUGGUCGGACAGCUUCACUUUCACUGCUGAGAAUACUUUGACGGCGGUGCUAGAAGAGACAAGAUGGCUUGUCACCGAUAUCGCUCAGACUUGGAAGAACAUGCAGAACCCGAGGACAUGGAAUAUUGAGCCAUUGGCUCAUCAAGCCCUGGAUCCAGGUAUUGCGUCAUCUAUCUACUGGAUGCUCUUCCGCUUAGACUUGAGUGCAGCGCUCGCAAACGACAGACCAAUUGAGACACAACUUCCGAUGCUCCCAUUACCUAGCCUAUCAAUUCUAUCAAGGAUAGAUGAAGUCCGGGAAAGAACCCGAGCGUAUGCCCAUGUCCUCCUCUGGCUGUGUGGAAAAGCUUUGUUGCUAUAUCACCAGCAGACCAGUCCCGGCCGGUUUGUAGCUCCACAACAGCUACCGGAUAGCUGGCUGGAUGUUUUUGAUGCAAUUGAGCAAUGGUACCAUCUGCGACCACACGAAUUCCAACCUAUGGUGGACUUGGGUGUUGACGAUCAACUAGCCCAGGCCGAAAGCGGCUUUCCGCUGCUGCUGUUCGCAAACGGGACGGGUGUCUUCUGUAAUCAGUUGUACCAUACUGCCAUGCUACUUUUGCUGCAGUGUAAGCCACGCACAACAAUGUUGGGCUUGCAGUCAAUAACCUUGUCACCACUGUGGCAUUCGCAGCGUAUCUGUGGCAUCGCACUGAAUAAUGACCGUCGGGAAUCUUGGGAUCCUUGCCUGAUAGCCUCAUUCCUGGUGGCUGCCAGAAGAAUGACACAUGAAUCGCAGCAACAGGAGAUCUUGGAAGGCUUUGAGCGGGUGCGCGAUAUCACCGGAUGGAAAUUGGAUGGAUAUUUGACGCAACUCCGAGAGGAUUGGUCUUUCCUUGAUGGUUUCUAG